UCCCUGGGAUAGGAGAAGCAUCUUUCAUUCUCUGCUCGGUCUCUGCAGCUUGGGAAGGACUGAGGGGGUUGCAAAUCCCCAGCGAGUGAAAUGCAGAGGACUAGAAAGACAGGUGAGCGAGAGAGGCACUGGGGAGAGAGUGCAAGGUUUUGCCAGGUAGCUUUUAUUUCUCUCUCUUUUUUUUUAAAGUACCCUUUCUUCUUUUGCAAUCUUGGUUACCUGGAAGCUCUGCUAUAGGACAAAAAUUCAUACGAGGGAGAUUUUUUUGUAUAUGCGCUGCUGCAAAGGAGCAAUACAACUUAAAACAUAAAUAAAAUACUUUUGAAACAUUUUAAAGCACGAAGAGUAUCUAAAAAUCUAAAGAGAUUUUAAAACAAUAGCAUGUCCUCACAGCUAAUGCAGUUCCUAGCAAGCUUUACCCAUCAGAUGCCUGGGGGAUCAGGAAUGUUUUAAAAUUCUUUCUGAAAGUUACUGAUUUGUGGUGGGGGAGAGAUGCACCUCACCAGGGAGAGCAUUCCAAAAGGAGGGACGUAUCACUGAGAAGGCUGGAUGACAUGGGUGUUUUGAGAGAAUGUUAGACUAGGAGGGCCAUUGGCCUCAUCCAGCAGCUGCGUGUUUGUCUUUCCUGGUGCUACUAUCUGAAUUAUGAGAUGCUGGGGAUUGAACUCAAGAUCUUCUUCAUGCAAGGAAUGCUCUCUAGCACUGCGCUAUAGCUGCUCCCCAUGAUAGAUAGAGGCUGCAGGGAACUGUCCUGGUCUACAGCACCUGCAGUGCUCCCUGUACUUAUAACUGUCUUUAUCAGAAAUGUACCAUGAAGGUUUCCAUCACCUUGAUUGUGAGCACAGCAGGUUAAUGGAAGUGGCUUGGAGGGGAAGGUAACACAUAAUGUAUAUUGAGUAUUUUUGUAGGAGUGGGAAGGUUGUUUGCUUGAAAAUCGGAUCAGAAUUUUGGGGGUUGAGGAAGAAACUAACUGCAUGACUGCAUUCAUUAAGAGAUUCCCAUGCAUUCUCACCCGCAUUACAGUAGGUUGUCUUAUUUUCCUUCUAUGCACAUUUCUUCCAUAGGGGCAGAAAGCUGUUAUAAAGAACACUUGACUCCCUCAAGUUGCUGAAAGGUUCAGAUGCUUUGCUGUGUCACUUUGAGCUGAUGGAUCUUCAAGGAUUUAGCAAGAGUGCUGAGGCAUCCCUCAAGGGUUGGUGCUGAAAGAGAGAGCAGCAAACAGCACAACAAGGACAGUUCCACGGGGAGGAGACAACUGUGACGCAAGAGACAGUGACUGGUGGAUCUCUGCUAAACAUGGAACCUGAAAUCAAAAGGGAGGAGCAGAACGUGGCAGGUCCUGACCCAGAAGAGGGAAAGGGAGGGCAGGCUCUUCUAGAAAUGAUCAAGGAAGCUCUCUCUGAGAAAACUGAGCAAAAUGUGAAACAGGAACCAGAUGAAGGGCCAUCAAGGAAUUGGGAUGCCCAGUUGCAGGAGUUCCUCAGUACGCUACAGGCCACAUAUUCAGAAGGGGAAAACCCACAAGUGCCUGAGCUGAGGCAAUGGUGUGGUCCUAAAACAUCUCAAUUACUCUCCCAAAGAAAACUGGAUCCCCAAAAGUGGCCCAGAUCUUUGUGUGCUUCCCAAAUCCAGCCACGACUCAUUGGUGAAGCGCAAGAGGACCAUGAGACCGAUCUGGAUGCAGCUUGCAGUGGAAAGCAGAAGGCAAGAACUCUGUCUGGGGGUGCUGCCGAGAUGGAGAGGCAGCGCCGGUGUUUUCGUGGGCUCUGCUAUCAAGAGGCUGAUGGGCCUCACAAGCUUUGCAGGCAGCUCCAGGUGCUUUGCCAUCAGUGGCUGAAGCCAGAGAGACACACCAAGGAGCAGAUCCUGGAACUGGUGACCCUGGAGCAGUUCCUGGCUGUCCUGCCCUCAGAGAUGCAGAGCUGGGUGAGGGAACGUAACCCAGGGAGCUGUGCCCAAGCAGUGACCCUGGCGGAGGAGUUCCUUCUGAGGCAGAAAGGGGCCAACAGCUGGGGAAAGCAGGUGAGACAACAUUUCUAAACUGGUGUCUUUGAGUCACUCUUGGGUCUUCUUGUGUUCACAACCACAAAACCCUAAUUGUGCACCCUGACAAGCCAGUGGCUUGGUUGCCAGCAAGAAGGAGCUAUUUUAGUUUGGCAUGUGAGAGUGCCUUGGAACUGGGGGGUGAGAAGUAGCCUGGUGCUGCUGCUCAGUAGCUGGAGGAGAGUAAGUAGGACAGCUCCCAUCAUCUCUGAUGAAAUACAGUUUAAUAGAAUCCUAGAAUUGUAGAGUUGGAAGGGACUUGGGGGGGCAUCUAAUCCAACCCCUUUGCAAUUGUUUCCAUCAUGCAUUUGGGUUCUGAGGACGUGUUCUCUGCCUAAUGCUUUAGCCUGAAUUGUUAGGGGUUGAACUAGAUGACCCUCAGGGAUCCUUCCACCUCUACAAUUCUGUAAGUUAUCCAAGAACUGCAGGCGGUCUGGCAGCGGUUUUUAAUCUUUGUAAGUUGCUCUUAAAUGCUCUCCCUCUCUGUCUCUUUUCUACACAAGAGGUGGGAUAAUAGAAGUCCUUGUAAGACUAAAAUAUGCCUUCCUAAAACAUUUUGCCUGCCUCUUAUUGUCACUUUAAACUGAUUCUCUUAACCUCACCUCUCCAGAUCACAGAAGAAGAGUUUGUCAAUCUCCCCAAGGCAAACCAGUCUCCCCAGAACACGACAGAGAUGCUGCUUUUCACACAGGCUGAACAGGAGGCUGAUGGGAGUGUGAACAUAUUGAGUAAGUCUCUCUGGGGACGGUCUCCCUGAGCACUGUGGGGUUCCUUAAGCAAGUUAGUCUCUGGCUUUCUCACUUUGCCUCAUCUAAAAUGAUGGACUUGUCUUCCCAUAUCUAAGUCACACCCCACAGACCUGAGGACCAUUGUAGAAAUGUAUUAAAUUGCUAAAACUGUCCACAGAUGGACUGAGCAUUGGUCGUUGCCCAAUCUGGCCUGUGUUAAAUAAAGGGCCUAUUUCUUCUGUAGGGAACAGGAGAUAAAAGUGUGGAGAAGGUGGCUUGUCACCCUAACUGAGAAUGAUGCACUUGGACUAAGAGCGAGUCAAUUUUGAACAGCAUUGUAACACCUAGUUAGCUUCAUGGGUGAGUGGGGAUUUCAUCUGGAUCUUCCCAGUCCUGGCCUAGGAUCUUAACCAUGAUGCCAACCCACAAAAGCAGGCAUUCUGAUGAUCUGGGCAGAUGAGGAGGAAUGGUGGGGACCUCCACCUGAAGAGGUGUCUGGGCAGGAGCAGGAUGGAGAUACUAUGGACCCAUGGCGGUGGUGAACAGGACACACCUCAGAAGAAGAAGAAGCAAAGAGUUGGAGGAUUAGGAACUGGAGCAAGCUAGCAGAUACUCUAGUCCUGAACAGAGAGACAGGACUCAGAUGUGGGAGAAACAGUACAGCAGACAGUGGAUACUAUGUCCCUCGAAAGCCUGGUAGAAUCCCCUCCUUCUCCGAGGACCAGGCGAUUCCUUCAUAUCUUAGAGCUGAAGGCUAAACAGAGACAGAAAUAUUCUGUCACCAUAGGCAGCAAGGAGGGGUUUAGAAGCUGUAAGGGGGUGGGGUGGGCACUCUCAGUAACAUCUCAAGACUGAAGACAGCAUAAUCCAUAGUCUCUCUGUGCAUUCUGUUGAAUUAAAUUAAAGAACUAUCAGAAGUUCUCUGUGUCUCUGAUUUCACUGGCAGCUAGCCUGGAAGUUGUGACAUUCCUGAUAGUUCAUGCAAUCUGGGUAUCUGAAGCCUUCUUCCACAAAGAAGGGGUAAAUUUCUAGAGUAGAACAUUGAAGGGGGCAGGAGGAGUUACCAAUUUCCGAAGGAUACCACAGAGCAGAUGGAAAGAGAUAAGCUAUAAUAAUAAUAAUAAUAAUUUUUGUUUAUUUGCCCCAGCCACUCUGGAUGACUUCCAACAAAUAUUAAAAGAUAAUAAUACAUAAACAUUAAAAAGCUUCCCCCUACCGGUCUACCUUCAGAUGUCUUCUAAACGUUAUAUAAUUACUCAUCUCCUUGAAAUCUGAUGGGAGGGCAUUGAAGGUGCUUUGUGCUUUGUUACCUACUUCCUUAAUUUUAACACAAUGCCUGAUUCCUGUCUGGCUUCUCCCCUUUCUUCCAGAAGGUGGUGGGUGGCUCAGGAAAAGUGAGGAUCAGAAUCCUUUGCUGGAGAGACCUGAGCAACUGGAGCGACUGAAGACAUCGCUGAAAACAGCCACAGAGAAGGAUUUCCUGCAUCAGCGUGAAGCUAAUGGGAACCAACAUGUAGCGGAAAGGCAGAAUGGAAACAACAAAGAAAAUGGAAUGGAUCCAUUUGUUCUCCAACAAAGUGUUUGCAAAGGUGCCAAUGAACCCGUCAUCCAGCAGGAUAAGGAGGAGGCAAAAUAUGACAAAUUUGGGGAAAACUUUGUGGGAAGGUCACACCUUACUACGCAUGAGAGUGUUGAUGCAGAGGAGAAGCCAUACCAGUGUUGGCACUGUGGGGAAAGCUUUAGUAGCAGCUCGGAUCUUGUGACGCACGAGAGGACCCAUGUGGGUGAGAAACUGUACAAAUGUUCCCACUGCGGCGAAAGUGAGAGAACCCACACAGGACAGAAGCCACAUAAGUGCUCACACUGUGGAAAUACCUUUGGCUGGAACUCUCAAGAGGGGCUCCUCGCAGGAGAGAAGCCUUACACGUGUUCUGAGUGUGGGAAAAGCUGCAGUCAGAGAUCAGACCUCCUUAAACACCAGAGAACCCACACUGGCGAGAAACCUUACAAAUGCUCAGCGUGUGGGAAAAACUUUAGAAACAGCUCUGGCCUCAAAGUACAUCAGAGAAUCCACACAGGUGAGAAGCCAUAUAAAUGUUCGCACUGUGGGAAGUGCUUCAGUUGGAGCUCACACUUCAUAUCUCACGAGAGGAUCCACACAGGGGUGUGCUCCUACUGCGGGAAAAGCUUUGGCCAGAAAUCCGAACUCAUUGAACAUGAGAAGACCCACACAGCAGAUGAGUUGUUUGCGUGUUAUGCCUGUGGGAAAACUUUUGAAGUCAGUUUGGAACUGGUGGCACACGUGCGAACCCACAAAGAGAAGCCGUUUGAAUGCGCGGUCUGUGGGAAAACCUUCAGAAACAGUUUGCAGCGCAUCGCGCAUCAAAAGGUCCACACAGGAGAGAAGCAGCAUAAAUGUUCCCACUGUGGGAAAAGCUUUAGCCAGAGACAGAGCCUUAUUAUUCAUGAGAGAAUCCAUACAGGAGAGAAGCCACACAAGUGCUUAGUCUGUGGGAAAAAUUUCCGAAAUGUCCCGAAUCUUAAAUCGCAUGAGAGGACCCACACAGGAGAAAAACCAUACAAAUGCUCCCACUGUGACAAAUGCUUCCGGUGGAGUUCCCACCUUGUAUUGCAUGAGAGAAUUCAUACGGGAGAGAAGCCCUACAGAUGCGCAGACUGUGGGAGAACCUUUGAUAGGAGGUCGAACCUUCUUGUCCAUGUGAGAAUCCACACAGGGCAGAGGCCAUACAUCUGUUCAGACUGUGGGAAAAGUUUCACCUCAAGCUCUGUUCUCCUUCGACAUCAGAAAAUUCAUGUGGGAGAGGAUGUUUGUAGGUGCUCUGAAUGUGGGAAAACAUUCAGGCAGCGGUCAGACCAGGCAGAGAAGGCAUCAAAAUGUUCCGAGUGUGUCAGAAGCAAUUACUUCAGCUCGGAUCUUGUCAAACGCACACGGACUUGUGUGGAUGAAAAGCCAUUCAAAUGUUCGGUCUGUGGAAAAACUUUUAGGAACAGCUCACACCUCCUAACUCAUCAGAGCGUCCACACAGGAGUUCAACCGUAUCAGUGUUCAGACUGUGGGCGAAACAUCGUCAGGCGGCCCAAUCUCCUAGCGCCCAUAAGUGACCAGGCAGGGCAGAAACCCUAUAAAUGUUCCAGCUGCAAGGAAGGUUUCAACUAGAGAUCAGUUCUCAUGAGAACUUGGAAAAAAUUGAUAUUGAAUCUGCUUCUUUUCACCUCCCUUACCUUUUUCUUUCUUUCUGUACCUUUAAAAACUAAAUAUACCUUGUGUUUACCAUCCUCUUGUUGGGGGCCACAGAAGCUGGUGGCUUUAAAUAAAUAAUACUCCAUUAGGAGAGAAACCAGGUUUGUAGAUAGCAUAUAUGCUCUGCAGACUAUGGAAACAGUUUCCUCCAAGGGAUGACCUUAAAGAAUGAGUUUUGUUUUUAUUGGCAAUCACAAGGAUGCAAAUUGGUGGGAAACUUAUGGCCCUUUAAAUGUGAUUGGACUAUAGUUCCCAUCAACCCUAGCCAGGAUGGCCAAUGGUGAGGCAGUUUUAGUCCAGAAAGUUCUGGAAAGCCACAGAUUCCCCGUCCGCACUAUUAACAAAGGUAAAGCCUCCCCACUUAAUCACAUUGGUUUUUCUAGAAUUGGGAUGUUAUUGCUAUGGGGAAAAUACUCCUUCAUAUCCCAGAUACAGCAACUCUGGCAGAUUCUAUUAAGAACUGGGCUUUGCAAAUUCAUAUAUUCUAUUACAUUUUUUUAAUAGUUUAGGAUCCAUUAGUGUACCAUUUGACUUAGAGAUUUCAGGAAGCCUUCUCCAAUACUCUUUCCUAAGGCCUAGGAACUUGCUCCUUGAAACAAGCAGACGAAAAAAGAGUAAAGCUGUGAUUGUCGGAAUAAUUUUUUACUGAUAACCAUCAUCAUGUGAGUUGUCUGAACUUGUGCAAAAUGGCAGCGUUCAGACACUCCUGUUCUUCCAUCCUCUAUCUCUUUUUCAUCAGUUGCCGUAAGCAUUGUUGGGCUGAUUUUGCCUUCAAGCAUGGAUGUGAUUUACACUGUAAUGAUAUUAUGUGAAACAGAAUGAUUAAAAAGCAGGCAUAUGAUGUAUGAGGUCUAAAAGGCUAGCUCCAGAAAAAGCUUUUGCUCUCACUAGAGUGCCUAUUAGGACGGUGGAAGCCGAAGUUGCUUGUGGGGGUAAUUCUUUUACACAACUGUUUAUCAAUUCUUUUUUCCCCAUCCCUGGUAAAGACCCCAGUGUUUGAAGUGCAUUGGGAUGCAUAUCCAGGCACCCAAAAUGUCGCCAUGGGGUGUGCGCCUGUCUGGUAUCCCAUCCAGCCAUGCCCCUUUUCCAGGAUACUCUAUUACAUCUCUUCCCACUCCCAGUUUUCCAUUUUUCACCUGCAGUGGAAUAUCUUGCAACCUUUCCGUGCUGCGUUUGGGGUUCCCCCACCCCAAUGUUUUUGUCUGCUUCUUCCCCUGAACUUGCCAACACGUCCCUCUUGUGCAAAGAUAGCAUUGUUUUGGCUACAUGAGGUUUUGCACUUAGAGAGUGAGCUCCCUAUUGGUGUAUAGAAUUUGAAUAAACUUGUCUUUUGCCCCUGUU